CGCGGGUCCCGCUCGGAGCGGGGCGGCCGCGGCCGCGCGGGGAGCGCCGCGUCCCGCUCGCUCUCCCACGGGCCUCCCGGGAUCCCCCCGCGGGGCUGCGGGCUGCGGGCGCGGCGUGCGGAACCUCCGGGACCCGCCGGGUGCAAGGCCCCGUUGUUGGGCCUGGCGGGGGGAUGGGAGGCGGCCGAGGGGGAGCUGGAGGGGACGGACAGGACGGCGCAGAGAAGGCCAGAGGGCAGGCGGAGACAUGGCGACGGGGGCAGAUGUACGGGACAUCCUGGAGCUGGGAGGCGUGGAGUCAGAGAACACGGGCACCAUCAACAAAAAGGACAUCAUCAACUCGGAUAAGAAAAAAUCCAAGAAAUCUUCAGAGACAUUGACGUUUAAGAGGCCAGAAGGAAUGCACCGAGAAGUUUAUGCACUUCUCUAUUCUGACAAAAAGGAUGCACCUCCACUGCUGCCAAGUGAUACAACUCAGGGUUAUCGAACAGUCAAAGCAAAACUGGGCUCCAAGAAAGUCCGGCCGUGGAAGUGGAUGCCUUUCACCAACCCGGCGAGGAAAGAUGGAGCAAUGUUCUACCACUGGAGGAGAGCAGCAGAGGAAGGGAAGGAUUACCCUUUUGCCAGAUUUAAUAAAACAGUGCAGGUUCCUGUGUACUCAGAGCAGGAGUACCAGAUGUACCUCCAUGACGAUGCGUGGACCAAAGCUGAGACAGAUCAUCUCUUUGACCUGGCUCGGCGCUUUGAUCUGCGCUUUGUGGUCAUUCACGACCGCUACGAUCACCAGCAGUUCAAGAAAAGGUCAGUGGAGGACCUGAAGGAACGGUAUUACCACAUUUGUGCCAAGCUGGCAAACAUCCGUGCAGCUCCAGGCACAGACCUAAAAAUCCCAGUCUUUGAUGCUGGCCAUGAGAGACGAAGGAAGGAACAGCUGGAAAGGCUUUACAAUAGGACACCAGAACAGGUGGCAGAAGAAGAAUACCUCAUCCAGGAGCUCCGCAAAAUUGAAACCAGGAAGAAAGAGAGAGAAAAGAGAACCCAAGACCUGCAGAAGCUCAUCACAGCUGCUGACACCACCACUGAGCAGCGGCGUGCUGAGCGCAAGGCUCCCAAGAAGAAGCUGCCACAGAAGAAGGAGACAGAGAAACCUGCUGUUCCUGAGACUGCUGGCAUCAAGUUUCCUGACUUCAAAUCUGCAGGUGUCACGCUGCGGAGCCAGAGGAUGAAACUGCCAAGCUCGGUGGGACAGAAGAAGAUUAAAGCCCUGGAGCAGAUGCUGAUGGAACUCGGAGUAGAUCUCAACCCUAUGCCCACAGAGGAGAUUGUGCAGAUGUUCAACGAGCUGCGGAGUGACCUGGUGCUGCUGUACGAGCUGAAACAAGCCUUUGCCAACUGCGAGUAUGAGCUGCAGAUGUUACGGCACCGCUACGAGGCCCUGGCCAAAGCUGGGAGCAUCGGCCCCCUCAGUGUGGAAGGCGCCCAUCCAGAUGGCCAGACAGGGCUGGGCAUCGAGGAGGGCAAGGGAGAUACCAAGGACCAGAUCAUUGAUGUAGUAGGAGCACCACUGACCCCCAACUCGGUGAGAAGGAAGGUCGGGGGGGCAGAACAGGGCGCACUCAGGUCUCCGACGCAGAUGCCCUGACAAGCGCUGGGAUGCUGCCCUGCUCUCCCUCCAGGCAUGCGCGUCCAAGGGAGCAGAACACGCCUGUUCCCCCCCAAGUCCCAGUGCUGCUCUCUGGGCUUGUCUCCUGUGCUGGACAGUGUUCUUGGUGCUACAGGUGGGGUCAGCAGGGCUUUCUACAUCCUGCAUGCAGGCAGAUGGCUUGGUGUGGGUGCCACCGUGGACCAAAGCGGUGAGGCUUUGGGUGAUGAGAGCUUGUUCUAAGGCAGCAACAGUACAGCUGCAAACCUGAGGCAUUUUCCCUCUAGACACAGCCUCGUAAGGGGGGUUGCUCAGCAGAGGGAAGCGAGUGGGGAAAGCAGUCUUCAGGUGAUGAGACAUGACCUGCCCAAGACCCUGGAGUCAAGCAGUAACCCUGCCUGGAGCAGGAGGCUUGGGAAGGACAGAGGUGUUUGAAGAGCAAAGGAGGGUUUCCAUACUCUACUUCCAGUGCCAAGAAAGAAAAGCCAGGCCUAGGGCUUCUUCCAGUGCAAGCCCUGUGGCAAUGUCCUGUGCAUGUACCUCUGCAGGAUGUGAAUCACCGGCCUCUCCUCCCUGCCUCCAGGAGGGCAGGUUGCCCAGCCCCUCACCACUGCCUCAGGGCCAAGGGUAAGCCUGGGGAUCAGCUGAGGCUGCUUUCCCCUCUGUGCAGUCCCCUGGCACAGCUGAGCUGAACUGCCUGAUGAAAGCUGCCCAUCUCCACACCGUGGCAUCCCCGACGCCUCCGAUGCACUGCCCCUGGUAGCGGCACAGACCUUUACUUUCUAAAAUGUAUAAUGUAUUGCAGGAUAUUGAGAACACCUUAUCUGUCAACGGCAGAGGCGACACGUUAACCUGGACUUGAGUAAUGUCCUGUUUGAUUGUGACAAUGUUGAGUCGUAAGGAAGAGUUCCACUGAGACAGGUUCAUGUUUGUAAAGGAGUCUUUUGAAUUAUUAUUUUUUUUCCCUUCUGCAUUCAAUCUGGAAUCUCACCCCUCCCUCCCUGCGGUCUGGAGUGUCCUGGUUUGCAAACUUUUCGGGCUGAUUUACAGUACGCUUGGUAUCCCUUGAGAGCUGGCUUGUUGGGAAGGUGGGAGAGAUGGUGGUGGUGGCUGUAACUGCAGGAGGAGGGAGCCCAUGUGUGUGUUUCUGACCACAUUGUUCCUCGUUGCCACCUCCUGGAGUUGGAAACAAAGGCAUGGGCCCAGGCAGCACAGAGAGGGUUAAACUGACCUGGUCUCUGACAUAUUUGAAAGAAAUAUAAUCAAGUUAAUUCACUGCAAGGCAAAUUCAGUACCUAAAGGGCCCCCAUGUUAAAUACAGCACUGACCUUUACCGGCUGAUUACACAAAGACGACACAAUUAGAUUAGUCCAAGACAAAAGGUCAAGCACAUUCACACUGUGACCAUUUUUUGCUACCUUUUGAGGGGGGGGAAAUUACAUCCCAGCUGCAGGGGUAUUUUGGAGAGGAAGAGGAUGGGGCUGCUGUACCAUGUUCUGCCUGGUUCAGAUAUGUUUGGAGAGUCAGGCAGGGCCUGGCACUGCGCUUGCCCUGAACCUUUCUAUGGUUGUUGGGCUGUGUGGUGGUGGGAGAGAUCAACACCCUGCAGCCCACAGCCAGCUUUUCCAAAGAUAGGCCGAACUGAGUAGAGGUCAUGUCCUGGUGAUCCUCCCUGCCCUGCCUGGAGCUGGCAGAUGCAGCUCUGGUGCCUCUUGUCCAGCAUCAUGGCUGAAUUUGCCUCUGGAAGAUUGUUGGGCUCGGUCAGCGCCGAGAAGGGGGAUGGCUGCUGGGUGCAUGCAUGUGUCCCCACCCUGCACUGCAGUGGCCCCAAGGUGUCCCAGGCCAUGGUGGGGACAGCAAGGCCAGGACAUGGUGCUGAGGAAGCAGCUUGUGGAAGCACAGCGCUUUGUCCCCACCCCACGGUGCUGGCAGCAGGGCAACAAUGUGGCUGGUGGUGGGAACGAGCAGCUCUGGAGCACAGUGGUGCUUUUUGAUGGCCAUUCCUUCCCUCUCCUCCUGCAGCUGUGGGUGCUUGGCCAUGACACCUGCCCUUGUCCUGCUGCAGUGGUUUAACUCUGCCAUGCCAGCCUACAUCUCCCAAGUUCAAGCGUGUGCUUUGCCACUGAGCUGCCAGGGCCUUUGGGGAAUCAUUUAAUCUCCCUCCUUCAAAUUUCUCUGAGUUGGAGAAUCCCUUUGUGCUGUCUAGCACUGCCUGUCCAUGGCACUCUACAUGUUGGAUUAAGCAUGGAUUAGUUCAGCCUCCAAACCAGCUGCUCCCCUGAAGUCAGAUUUGUUUUCCUGGAGAGAAGUAUUUUGCUCCAGAUGUUGGAGGGAGUGAGUGGCAAAGCCAGGAAUAGGACUUGGGUUCCUGACUCCUGAGUGCUGCCUGGCAUGCCUGGAUUCUUUUCCAGGAAUUGGAAUGAAUGGGCAUAGGCACACCAGGGUCUUUGGAGAUACUGUUUUUGUCAGUAGCUGUCUGCCAGCACCCCGCUUGGCCAGCAGUGGGGAUGGGGACAUGUCAGCAGGGUGUGUUAGCCAGGCUGGGAGCAGCAUCUGUCUCAGAGCCCAUGGGGCAGUGGGAAGCCUGGUGCUGUCCUGCCCUGCUGUGUCCACCACUUUUCUCCUACCCUGGCUACCUGUCCACCCUCUCCCAGGGCCUGCAGUGCCCAUGGCUGACCAUUAAAGCCGAGCUGGGAUCCCCCCAGUGCUGUUUGAGGCUGACCCCGGUAGGGACUUUACUCGGGGCCUUCGGGAGGUGAAAGGUGAGCCGAACUCGGAACAAAUUAGUUCCAAGCAGAAGUUCAGCCAGUUACUCCAGAUUGGAUCCUUUGAUUUCCACAACUCAGACUCCACUCAGUGAUCUGUAAUGAGUGACUCUCAGAAAUCCUCACAUUGCAGCACUUUGUUCCUGAGCUCACAAGUCAGCCCAUUAAUGGGUAAAGGAAAGGACCUUGAGUCUAAGAAGUCUCGGGUUCAGAGUCAGAAUUAUUUGACUUUUAAGCUUCCUUUAUCUGAACUCCUGCUGACUUCUUGUUUUCUGAGCCUGUUUGAAAGCUAGAAGUUACAUUGUUAAGAUCAAACAUUCUCUCUUUCCAGAUGGAGUUACAAUAUCUGUCUUUUAUAUAUAUAUAUUUUAAUAUAUAUAGUGUAUAUAUACCAGGGUGUAUAUAUAUUCUUCUCUUUUUUUUAAUCGUUCUUUCCAUUAAAAGAAACUAGACUUGUAAGCUCUUGUAAAUUAUAAUGUAAAACAUUUUUUUUAACCAGACAGUUCCCAAUUUUGCCCGAGGCAACUGGAAUAGCUGUGCCACGGAAGGCAAUAGGAAGGUGAUUAAUAUGAAUUUGUGACAUAUUUGAAAGAUGGGUCUUUUGCCAUAUAAAGAUUAUCAAACACAUGUGCUCUUCCCCAUUAAUUCUGCAGCCCUCCCAGGAAAGCCACAAAGCCCAGCUCCUUUGUUUCCAGGGUGGGUUUUUGUUUUUUAAAUGUACCUUUCGGUCCCCUUGAUUACCCUGUAUUUGAUUUUUAUAGGGCAUCUGCUCACUCUGCUGUGUGGGUUCUCUGGCCCUUUUAUUUCCCCGUUAAUCGGAUCCCGCAAAGG